GCCACUUGGGGGCCAAAGCUAACUGUGCGUCACAGCCUUUGGAGGAAAGAAAGUGAAGGACCCAAGAAGCAUGCAACUCAAUUUGUGCAAAUGGCAUCACAAGGGGAAGGCAUGGACGUCUGGCUGAAGGGGAGAUCUACCCAAUGGUUCAAUCACAGCCAGCUAUGAAUCUCUAAUAAUAAAAUAAAGCACCGCUAUUGCCAGCACUAAUUAAAACACUGUCUGGGUUCAGGCUGAGAACGUCGUUUUUGCAGGAACAGCUGGAAGAGAACCAGAUGUGAGUGAGGAUGGUUCCUGUGGACUGACACGGACCCCGAACCGAGGAAAUAGAUAGAAAAGUGAGUGGAACGCUGUGAUUGCCUGCGCUUUCUGCGCUCUGCCCUCCGCUACAGCCGGGACAGGAGGACAUGUGGCUCGGGGUUCUAUGCAUUGAGACUAUGAGAAGCAGGCAGCUUGGGCUUUAAUUUCUGGGUGAAUAGUGGGAGGCUAUAACAAAUUAAUUCAAUACAAUUAAACCGGAUCUUAUAGCCGCUUUAAAAAUGCAGCCAGUGGUCAUUUAGUACAUUUGUGAAUACAGAGUAAUGUAUCGCUUGCAUUUAUUACGAUUUAGUAUUUUUUAGAAGAAUAGUAUAAUAAUUCGACUUUUGUUCUGUUUCAUUUUGUUUUAGGAUGGGUUACUAUAUCACCGUUAUUACUACUACUAAUAUAUUUCUAUAUAGAAGAGGUUUUAGUUAUGUAGAAUUUGGAAGAGAGGUGUACAAUGUAACUCUUAUUUAUCAUUGUACUCAGUAGUGUCUGCAUGCUGAUUAGAAAGAUGUUUGUUGCAGAGAUUGGUGGUUACUGAUGAUGAUUUUGAUGGCUGUAUGUUCUUCUCUAGGGUCCAUCCAGCAAGGAGUGGUUGCCUGCAAUAAGUCCUACCUGAUGUCACCGCUGCUAUCCUGAGCCCCGAGUUGAAGACAGAGGGAACCAUCUCCCGGGUUUGAUUUUUGAGACUUAGCUGGGACAUAGCUGAAUAAGGAUACCAUGGAUUCAGAGGAGAAACCCAAGCUAGCCAAGUCGGCGGUGGAGAAACUGUCUGAUGCCGUGGGUGAAAAAACCAAGCAGCUGGGCACGGCCAUGAAGGAGGUCCACCACCAGAGGAGACUCAUCUUGUUCAUCGUUUGUGUUGCACUUUUCCUUGAUAACAUGCUUUAUAUGGUGAUAGUCCCAAUUAUCCCAGAUUACAUUUUGAGUAUGAGACUGCAUGAUGAGGCGCACAGGCACAUCAACACCAGCAGCUCCUACUCUAACAAGUCCAUUAUCAAGCCCAGCUACCCGGUGGAGAAUGAAGAUAUGAAGAUCGGGGUCCUCUUUGCCUCCAAAGCCAUCCUCCAGCUUCUGGUGAACCCUCUGAGUGGGACGUUCAUAGACAGGGUGGGCUACGACAUCCCUCUGUUCAUCGGACUGGUGGUCAUGUUCCUCUCCACCGUCAUCUUUGCUUUUGCCGAGAACUAUGCCACCUUGUUUGUGGCCAGGAGUCUCCAGGGCUUGGGCUCAGCCUUCGCAGACACCUCUGGGAUCGCCAUGAUCGCAGACAAGUACACAGAGGAGGCAGAAAGGAGCAGAGCCCUGGGUAUAGCCUUGGCAUUCAUCUCCUUCGGGAGCCUGGUGGCACCCCCGUUUGGAGGUAUAUUAUACCAGUUUGUAGGCAAGGAAAUGCCCUUCCUGGUUCUAGCGUCCAUUUCCCUCCUGGACGGUAUUCUGCUGCUGAUAGUUAUUAAACCCUUUGCCAACCGGACUAGAGAGAACAUGCCAGUUGGCACACCCAUCCACAGACUUAUGAUUGACCCUUACAUUGCAGUGGUUGCAGGGGCACUGACUACCUGUAACAUUCCCCUGGCUUUUCUGGAGCCCACCAUAGCCAACUGGAUGAAGACCACUAUGGGUGCCUCUGAGUGGCAAAUGGGACUAACGUGGCUCCCAGCCUUCUUCCCCCACGUCCUUGGUGUGUAUCUAACAGUGAAGCUGGCUUCUAGCUACCCUCACUACCAAUGGUUUUAUGGGGCCAUAGGGAUGGUGAUCAUAGGUGCCAGUUCCUGCACAGUGCCAGCCUGUAAGAAUUUUGGAGAACUUAUUGUCCCACUGUGCGGUAUCUGCUUUGGCAUAGCCCUGGUGGACACUGCUCUCCUGCCCACCCUUGCCUUACUGGUAGACCUCCGCCAUGUAUCAGUGUAUGGAAGUGUGUAUGCCAUAGCUGACAUAUCCUACUCGGUGGCAUAUGCCCUAGGGCCUAUUGUUGCCAGUCAGAUUGUCCAUACCACGGGUUUCACCCAACUCAACCUGGGCAUGGGUCUUGCCAACGUUCUCUAUGCACCUGCUCUUCUGCUCCUCAGAAAUGUAUGCCAAAUGAAACCUUCCCAUUCAGAGAGAAACAUAUUGUUAGAUGAAGAACCCAAGGGGCUCUAUGACACUAUUAAAAUGGAAGAGCGUAAAGCUAAGUCUCAUAGAGGCAAAAGCGAGGCUCAAGGAAAUAGCAUGGACAAUUACCACGAAGGGCAGGCAGGUAAAUACAUGUCUGGUGAGGACUCGUCUGAUUAUGACUAUAGUUAAAUAUUAAGGUCAUGCUAAGGUUAAGUGGGCUUUAAUGAGACAUCCAGCCAUCUGUUUAUGCACCAAGUGGCAAUUUACAAAUUAUACAAUUCUCAUGAUAAUCACCAGGCUUUCUGUAAACCUAUUUUUAUGAUAUCUUGUUUUUCUGGAAAAGUUUAAAAACUAUCACAAAUCUAUCUAUAUCUAUAAAAAAUGUAAUUAAAAAAAUAAUAAUUAUAAUAAAAAAAUUAACACUCCCAAAGGAAUAUAUUCGUGACUACAGACUCAUAAUCCUUCAAAGAUUAGGUGCAGUAUUUGUUUAAAAAAAAAAUGUCUUUUUUUUAUGUCACACUCAAUGUGAAAUACUGACUUUCUGUAUAAAUAUAAUUUAAAAAAAUAAUACAAUCACACGUUACAUGGAGUGAAUAAAGUUACAUAUUCAGGGAAAUAAAGCUAAUAAAUAUUGUAAAUAGUUAUAUUUUGUGAUUUGACCUCAUGGACCUUUAAAAUGAAGCAUUGUAUUAUUUUGUUCCAGAUCAAAAUUUUUGGUGUGUUUUUUAUUUUCAGUCAUUACAUGAAUGGAAUGUUUAACCCACUUUUACCACCACGAGCUGAAUAAAUAAAUAAAAC